GCCAGCAGUGCGCUCGUGUUUUUGCGAUAAAAACGUGAAAAACAUUGAAAAAGUUGCGGUGCACCAAUGCAGGGACACCUUUUUAAUUAAUUGAUGCUCGCAUAAAUUAAAAGAAAAAAAUAUAAAUAAAAACGGAUGAACCCCUGCAUGAUGAGAAAAAUGUUGGUACUUGCAUUCAUAUCGCUGGUAAUGGCGCGUGUGGCGGUGAGGGGAGACUUCUCCGAUGAGGAGAUGAACAGCCUCAGGGAUACGGCAGAUGUCAAACGGACGAACGAUGAAAAGCCCGUUAUCGAGGACAAAGGACUUGCUAUACAGGUUGAGAAGGAGGAUGUACUUGAAAUGACAGAGUGUUUUAAAGCACGAUUGGAAAUUUCAAAUGCGAAGCUGACGAAAAUUGCCGCCGAUCUGGAGAAGAAGAAGGACGAGUCUACCAUUGAGCAGAUCGAAGCGGGCAAGAAAACUUUCUUCGUUUUCUUUGCCGAUCAGAUCACGAACGAGCAGAAGCAGCAGAUCAUGAAAGUAAUGGAGGACGACAUCCCGUAUUUCAUGUCAAACGAUAAGAAAUUGGCAAAGAGCCUCAAUGUCACAUAUCCGGGUGUGUACGCAUACAAUGCCACUGAGAAUAUGAGCUACAGAACAAAGUUGGACCAUUCAUUCGGUACCGUUAUGGCACCCGUUCUAUCUGUCUUGACCUCAGAGGGUAUACGGCACAUCGAUGAGAGCAAAUUGCCUGCAUUUUACAUCUUCUACACCGGUUCGCAAGACAAGCAACUCAAGGAUGAGCUCAAAUCUAUUGCGACAGAUCUGCGAGACAAGUACAAGUUCGGCAUGCUGAAGUACAUCCCGGGAAGGACCGAUCUGAACCACUUCAAAGUCAACGAGGAGCAGAUGCCCGCUCUCGUUCACUUGGUUGAAGGAAAGAAACACAGACUGGUGAACGUGACCAAAGAUAAUCUCACACAGUUUUUAAGCGAUUACGAGAAAGGCCUUUUGAUGCCUUUUGUUCGUUCUGAGCCUGUUCCUCAAGAGCAGAAGGAUCUCAUAAAGGUUGUUGGUACCACGCAUAAUGACUUUGUGCGUGAUGAGAAGCGCGAUGUCUUUAUUGUAUACGGAUCCGAGACGUGUCCACACUGCAUCUCGCUUUUGCCCACGAUCGAGAAACUUGCUGAGAGAACAAGGGACAACAGCAAGGUGAAGGUAGGAUACAUUAAUCUGUACGAGAACGACGUACCUGAUGUGAACAUCAAGGCGUUCCCCACGAUAAUGUUAUACGCGGCAGGCAAGGAUGAACCGGUCGAGUACAAGGAGUUCAGCAGAACGGAGGAGGAUUUCACUAAUUUUAUCAAAACAAACGGCUCAUUGAAUGUUGAUCUCACCAAGACUGGACAGAACGUGUCCGAGAAGGAUCUCAAGGAUGAGGCUGAGAAGAAGGAGCUUGAGAAGAAGAUUGAGGAUGUUAAGAGCGAGAUCAAGGAGAAGGUCGAGGCUGUCAAACAAGAGCUAUAAUUCUAUUAAAGUUAGGUUUAAGAACUUUUCGGUUUGUCAGAGUCACUCUUUUGAGCUAAGCCCAUGUGGUUUAUUCUCCGACUGAUUACAGUGAGAAUAGCAUUGUGAUGUUGUGCAAAGAGGCAAUAAACGUAUUUUGGGUAAAAAAAUGACGGUUAGCGGGUAGGAAGGCAUUUAUAGCGUGGUUCUUCUUCAGAAAUGGAAUUGGCGUAUUUUUGAGCGCACGAUGCACCACACGUAGAGAAAAGGACAUGGCUGUAACGAGACUACAAGAUGGAUUGGCACAUUGAUUGGUAACUGAGAUGCGGUGAUGAUCUUCCAUGGAUGUGCUUGUCCUUGAUGUGACGUGUUAUUGCGGUUUGCAAGGGCUGAACAACCCAUUCAUAUAGGAGAUAUCGCACAGGUACAACAUUAAACAAACAAAACGUGGAUGAAAGGUUGUUUCCUGCUGUGAGAAGACGAGGUGUAUGGACAAAAAAUAAUGUGCGCGUUGUUCGUGGAUCGAGUGCGAUAUUUUUGCGGUUGGUAUGCACCAGUAGAUGCAUGACAAGCGAUUCCAGAAGUGUGAGUUUUAUUGUAAUACCUCUGCUAUCUUAGAAAAUUGUCGUUGCUGAUCAUACAAGUUGAAUAGACCGCGUUAAUAAAAUGCGUAUCGACACCUGUUCCUCUUGUAGCGCAUCAAAAAUGGAAAUGUUGGAUUGUUCUUACGGGAGAAAACGCUCAUUUUGUGGAAAGAAUGAGAGGAACACCGCGUGAUAUUUUUAUGGACGCGCACAGAGUGAGACGAAUGGCGAAUGCAUUUCAGAAUGCUUAUCAAAAAUUAUAUGUAAAACCGAAUAUGGCUUUCCACACCAAUGGGAAUGGUUCAUCAUACUGCUUCUAGGUAGAGAGUUGCACACAGGUCAUGAUUCGUGCGUAGAGAUCAUUUUUAUAGUUGGUGCAUGCCUUUCUGCUGCAGCAAAAAUGCGUGCUCAGCUGUCGCACGGAUUAAAACGUUCAUUUUUCUUGGUGCCAAAGGUUAGUGGCUGCAAUACAAACUUCCUGCAAAUUAGAAAAACGUGUUCGUUUGGGUGGUGUGGUAUGUGAGGCAAUCAAAGAACGUAGUUCCAUAAAAAACGCCAAAAGUACUGCACUCGUAACACGAUGCACUACCGGUUGAUAAACAUGGAGGAACACUAUCCCAACAUGUAAAAAGUAGAGGAGUAGCGGUUCGUUAGCAUGCCUCAUCAAUAUAUGUUCAAUGCGCCUCCUGUUUUUAUAAUGGUAUCACAGCUAAUUUAAUAAAAAAAUAUUACCCCGUCU